UUGAUAAGGACAAGUAGAAUUUUAAUUUUUAUUCUCAAAGCUUUGACACUUUGAAUGCUUCAAAAGCACUGGAAAUUAUUCAAUUCCUGUACUGAAGAAUAGGGAUUAUAAUCCCAUUUUACCCUGUAGUUCUUUCUAGGAGUUUUAAAUUGAUGCCACCUUAACCUGAGGAGAGCUUUAACUGUCAGCCUGAGAGGAAGAUCUCAAAUAAGGUCUUGAAAAGCUUUAGAAGAGCAAAUGUCUGCCAUAUGAGUCAGUUUAGAAAAGGGAGUCAGAACGAUGGAGAUGUUGAGGGCUCUCGCCUUGCUGGUGGAAUGGAAUCCAGUCUGUCUCACCAUCAAAAUCUUUUACGCAAAUAGUGUGUCAAUAAAAGAUUAAGCACCGUCAUGGGAAUUCUCCCAGCCUGGUAGUUAAGUUGUUCUGGGAAGGGCAGCGGGUGGAUUCAUAUGUAUUUAGGCAGAGGGAAUUGGAUUGUGCUCUCCAGCUUUCUGGGUGAGUAACCAAACUCCAAAGCUCUACAAAAUACAUAAUGUCACCAGUUUGGUGACUAGUUCCCCAGUGUGUUUUUUCCAGCUGAGACUGGCAAGUUUGACCCUGUUUCAGCAUUUCUGGAAUGACUAAUUUUUUUAAUUUUGGUAAACUUGCUACAAAAAAAACCCCAAACUUUCCUGCUUACAGCCCUUACAGAACAAGAUUUUUUUUUUUUUCUCUCUAUAGUUAUUAAAACAGAUCCAGCAAAGAAAAGUGAGAAAAUUGAUUAUCCAGUUUAUCUGGGUUGGAAGGUUGGAAACAGGUCAUCUUUUUUCAAAGGUGUUUUGUAGUUACCAACUUCAGAGUGAAUAUUCUGUAACAUGGCAUAGGAAAAGUCCUUUAUCAUUCUGGGCAAGUUUGGUUCUCUGCCAUAACUUAGAAUACUCUAAACUUUUCCAAGGUCCACAGUGUUGUCUUUUUUGUGUACACAUGGUCGUAAAAAAAACAAACAACAAAAAUGAACCAAACAAACCUAAACCUACUUACAAUCCUAUUUUCCUCAUUCCUGAAAUCUCCUAACCUGGCUGACUUGUUGGAGUGCAUUUCAUGCAUUCUUAGCCGAUAGGUUGAAGGAAACGCCUCAUUCUUUGCAGCUGGAGGCUAGAAAGUGUGGGGAGUUCAUGAACGUGGCUUGUCUUCUGCUGCAGUCGCUGCAGUGCACUCAGAGCUGGCUGGGCCCAGGAAGGAUCCCGACCUGCUGGACACAAAAUGGGUGUCCCACAUCCAGAAAAUUUGACUGAUGUGAUGCUGCUGACAGUGAGUUAAGGGACUGUUGGCCAUUAAAAAUGGAGGAAGAAACAAGGAAGCUUUCCCCAAAGCUGAGUAAAAGGAAAGAGCCUGUGAAAACAGAAUGGGGAUCUCAGAGCGUGGUGUUCACCUAUUUCCAAGGGGACAUUAACAGCAUGGUAGAUGAACACUUUUCUAGAGCUCUCAGCAAUGCCAGGAGCCCCCAAGACCUGAGCACAAAGCACAAGGUAGACAGCAUGUCUCCCCAUCAGUGGAAUUUCUCUUCACACUGCUGCAAAUCAUAUCCAUCAUCUUCUUCAACAAGCAUGGCAAAUUCUGCUCUGAAUUGUUCUGCUGCUGGCGUGGUAGGCCAGUGCCAGCCAUCAUCUCUGUGUAGUCGUCCAGCUCAACCUGCAGAUUUAUGGCCCUUCCUUCCAAUUGGGACUCCCAGUGUAACCAGUUCAGUGUAUCCUCACACCCUCCCUGACCUGCAUGCAGCUGAUGAGCUGAUCUCUGACAGGAAAUACAGUUCUCUUCUUGGCCUUCUGCAACAGGAAAGGUGCUUAACAUCCAUGCAAGAAUGCACCAUGAAGCAACAUUCAAGUUCUGCUUGUAUGACUGGACCUGCAACGUUACAAAAUAUGAGUCAAAGUUCAGCUCCUGAGGGAGAGAGGAAAGCAAACUCUUACCAAGGCUCAGAAAAUCCCAGUGUAAGCCAUGCCACUCCAGGUAUUCAGCUUCAUGACAGAAGACAAAAUUUGUACUUCUAGCACCUGAAUGUUUCCACUUUGUUCUGAAAGAGCAAGUUAUUUCAGUGAACAUUUUAUUAUUUGCAACUGUGAAUCAAGAAGAAACCAACUGCAGCUAAUCCCAUGUUUUUUCACUCAGCCGGAGGAAUACGUGUACUAUUUACUGUUUGGGGAAUGGCAAAAUAACCCUUUUCUAUACAGUAAAUAAUUUCUAAUGUUUUUGCUGUUAAUUUGGAAGUAUGUUUGUUGUGGCGAUAUAUUGUUUAUUUAAGGCUUUACAUGUAGCCCUCUGGAAAGGACUCCUGCACUUUUUAAUUUUUGUGUUUAUUAAUUUACCACCUCCUGAUAAGAAGCACAAUUCUUAUCAAUACAGCUGAUAACCUGUAAGUACAGGGACGCAGUUAGCAUAAAUUCAGUGCUGCAGCUUCGUAGCUUGAUUUGAUACCUCCAUGUUGCUUAAAAUAGUCUUAGGCCGCUGGCAAGAGACUUCAACCACAGGUCAGCAAAGCACAUUAUUGUAUUUAUGUUUCAAAAGUGCAACAAUUUGUGACCAUACUUGCAAUUCCUAGGAAUACUCUUCAGAAGUUUGUUAUAUACCUAUGCCUGAAGGCUCUGUUUUGCCUUCUCACCAAUAUAUAAUCAUCCUCUAGAAAGCUGUGAAUUCACAUUAGCUCUGAGAGGGAACCUAGAUUCUCAUUGGGUGCAAUUAAACUACCAUUCAGCAAAAAGCUACAGGUAGGAGUGUUCUAUUUUCCCAGCCUCUCUGCAGGUGUAAAAGAUUCUUUUUCUAAAUAAGCUCUGGGUUUACUUCUUCCUUCUCCACUGGUUAUACAUUAAUAUAAUAUGAUAUAAUGUAAUGGAGUAUGAUUAUCUUUUUGUGACACUCUAUGCUGUUCCUGAAGGCAAUUUGACCCCUGAGAUCUCAGAGCUUGUGAUUUUAUACAACAAAUCCUGAGCUAGUAUAAAUGUUUGUGACAGUUGCACCAGAUAGCUCUGCUGCCACUGCUCCACUUAUAACGCCUUGUGUAAUUUAGUAAAUAAUAUGAGCUUAGCAAAAUCGACUGUUUGUGGUACUAAUAUAGAAACUGAGAUUUUGGAAGUUCUUUUUUAAAUUUUACAAGUUUGCUCUAGCAGUUACAUGUUCUACAUCAAUCUGAGAUCACAAGGGGAACUGUUUUAACUAAAUGAAUAAAAGAUACACUAAUGUCCUGUCUCCUUAUAGAUGAGCACUUAAAAUGACCCCACUCUUCUUCAAGAUCUCUACAAAAAUCCCUUUCUUCUCUUCUGAGAUUAAGAAUACUUCUCCAAGUAGUUUUCUUUUGUUAUACCAAGUCACUUAAUUCCCUGAUUUUUAAGGCUACAUGGCUACAUCCUCUGUGGGCCAAAGCAAAGAUUUCCAACCUGUACUCUGUACAGCUGCCUUACUGGCAUGUGCUAUAAUUCUAGUCAAUUAUAAUUCUAUUUCUUCAAAAUAUUGAAAUAUAUUUUUUCCUCCCUCUUCCAUCCCUUCCUCAGGAAAAUACUUAUAUAAUUUCUUUGCAAGGUCUGAGAAGAGUGUCUGUUUAAAUGCUCUUAAAUGCAGUGCUUCCUUGAACAAUUUGUUUUACAGCUGGGACUAGUCAAGAUAACUCAUUAAACCCUUGGUUCUGGUGAAUCAGCUAAGUGGGGUUGGACAUUGUAGGGGGGAAAAACCCUUGUUUUUAAAAGCAUGUCUCUUAUUGCAAUUUGCCUUUUAAUGAUUUAGUAUAAUAGAGUUUUAAACAUUUCACAGAAGUUCUCUACACCAGAUAGGCUUUUCUUUAUACAUGUGUAGGUUAAAACAGUAUAAAUAUACAUUACUCUAGAAUAUUUGUCUGGAGUGGAGUGUUUCUUGUUCUCCAGCCCAGGCUGUUGCUGUGUUCCUGUGCUGCCCUGCUGCUGUCAUGCUCCAGUGACUAUUUUCAUUCCCAUUCAGUGCAUACUCUCCUUGCUGGAAAGGACUUGGCAGCUGCGACGCUGCAUCCAGCAGCUGCCAUCUGGUACUUCCAGAUUCCUAUUUUCUGUCCCUCCUCUGAAUGCAGCAAUCCUGGAGCGUCUGGGAGAAGGGAUGCUGGAUGUUUCCCUUUUAACAGCCUCUGAUUCCCUGACUGCUAAUGGACCUCUGCAGAGACCAUUCUGAAGGAUAGACGGAUGCCAGGUGUUACAUCCCUCAAAGUGUUGAAAAAAGUAUGUGCAUGUGGCUCUUGGGGAUGUGAUUUAAUCAUGAACACAGUGAUGCUGGAUUUGUUAUCUGAGAGGUCUUUCCAAUUGUAAUGAUUUCAUGAUUUUUUUAUUAAUUUACUGACCCUGUGAGAAACCACUACUUGCCUUUAAUUGGGUAUCCUCUAGUUCAGGAAUACUUGUUUGCACAGAUGGCUUUUCUCCUGUCAUUUUCUGAUGGGCAGAUGAGAUGCCAACUACAUGAUUUAUGAGCUCUGGUCAGAGAUUAAUGUAUCUCUGAGAUGCAUGAGAUGUCAAGCACUGGAUAUUCCUGCCCUGUGUGGAGUCUGGGCCUUUUUUUACUUAGCUGCAGGGACUGGUGUGCAUUUUUUCCACCAUGUGUGUCCCAGAGUGCAGACACUUUGCUGGCAUUUUGCUCUGAUUCCUUACAUGAGCUGGCUCUGGUCCAGGUCCUCCUCUGAUGGUCAGAUAAACCUUGUGGGUGGUUGGGAGCAGCAGGCUGGCUUAGCUACUCCACCCCACUUUAGUCACUCAUUAGUAGUGUUAAAAAUAGUCCCAGACUGUGGUGACAAACAAGAGAGAUUCUUUUGCUAUGAAAGAAAAAAAAAAGUGUUAUAUGUAUUAAAAAAAAAAAACAAUCACAACAAAACAGGAAUGCUCAUCCCUUUCAAAGAAGGGAACACAAACUUUCAUUUCCUUUCAUUUUUGUUCAGGUGCCUAUUAAUUUGUCCCAUCCUGGGUGAACAAGGGAUACCUCAUAUACCCAUGUAGCACGUAGCCUUUGGUAAACACUCACCCAUCACCGGAAUUUUUGACUGUCUUGUGGUUUUUAAUCCCCUUUUCUGGCAGGCUUUACCAAGCCCAAGCAUGGCAAUACUGAUUCGGGGUAAAAGUGUUGUUGCACCACUUUGUUCUGUGUUCUGUUUUCCUGCAGUGUCUGAUUUAAAACAUUCAUGUUUUGGGCUUAGGGCCCUAUUCUACAUAGCUGCUGACCCACUGAGAGUUUCGUACUCCUCUGAGCUAGCACAUGUCUACACUUGGAGGAUUUCAGCAGAAACCUGGUGCAAACUGGUGGCUUUGGUGCCUUGGUAUCCGGAAGGGGUUUCAGUAUCACAGGCAGCAUCAGAGGGCUCUUUGUUACUGCUCUGACAAUAUUGCUGCACAAGCAGUUGCACUGUGGUCGUACCCUACAGGUCACAAUUUAUUUACUGUGGAGGUGCAAAAGUGGCUGCGAGGUGGGCAGGCAGCCGCUGGGCUCCCCGAGACAGCAGAGAGGAUGUUUUUAGGUGCCUGGAGCCCUAAUGGAGCUGGCUGAGUCAAUGUGAGCCAAUUCAGAUGCAAUGCUCCCCAGAACAGGGUCCAGCAGGAGUGCCCACGGGUCCCUGUGAGACACCAUGAAUCUGUCUGAACCCAGUGCCAGGAUUUCACUGCUGAUUCAUGCUGUCCUCCAGCCUAAUUUCUAGGUGGGGGUUAUGUUGGGUGCAGCAAAGCCCUCAGAAAAGUGGCUGCUUCCCUGACCUUCAUCCUCACCUCUGUAUCCCCAUCUCCGUCCCUUGCCCCACCUCAGGAUUUGUGUCUGACCACAGACGAUUGUCUUUUCUCCAUCUAUCUUUCUCCAAAAGGCUAAUGCUGGAAUCGGCACAGGCUUAUAAAACUUUUAUCAAGCAGCAUUUCAUUCUGGAAUGCAAUAGUAUUACAGCUCCUGCUUUUACAACCUUUCUACCUGAGAUAGGGAUAAAAUAACAGCUCUUUCCCAUACAAAAAUAAAGUUUCUGUGCUCAGAAUUAUAAAAAAAUUAAUUAACUCCAAGAUACUGUGUUUUCCCAGAGCGCAGUGUCACUUUAGAUAGAAAAACAAAUUGCGUGGAUGGAAGGAAACUGAAUGUACUGAACACCCCAAAGGCAUCUCUGGUGACUGAGAACAGCCUAAAAUAAUUCUGUACUAGCUGUCUGUUGGACACUGUUACCCUGAGCCUGGAGCGCAGUGCAGAAGCACCCAUGCUUCAAGGGCUCCAUGUGAACAGCCCAAACAUCAUCAACUCUCAAGCAUGUGCUGAAUAAAUGAUACAUAAGAGAAGGUGCCAUGUGCAGCUCCCCAGCCAAGGAACAAUGUGUACAGUCUGGGUGCCAUGCUCAGCCCACUCCAGUGGAAAGCCCAUCAGCUAAUUAAAAGUGAUGGGCAAUAAGGAAAGUCCUCCAGCUGGACUUUUUGAUGCAUAAAGUUGUUUGGUUUUUCUUUUCUAAGGCAGACUAAGUAGAUUCUAAGGAAAACUGCCUGGCUUUAGUCAAAGCUGUCACAUAACCAAGACAUUUAAGGCACACGACACUGUCACAGUUCCACCCCACACUGUUUGUUGGUGUUGGAUUUGUGCCACAUUUUAAGAUUAGCAUGAAAGCACUCUUUUUUUCCCUCCAUUCCAAGGGUGCACUAGUGACUGCUGACUGUAAGUGUGCAAAGAGCAGUCAAGCAUUAUUUUUCUUGCAAAUGAUAAAGGGACUUUGCUAGAAAAAGAGCAUUAAGAACUGUGCCACUUUUGGGUGCCCAACAGCCUAAGUUCGUUGUGUAGCACAAAGGUGAGUGAUUUACUCUGAGUAAAACAGCAGGGGCAGGAGAGGCUGGGCCUAUUUCCACUCUGCUCCAUGCAGGAUUUAAGGACCCUCUUGCUGACAUCUACAUUUGCAAACAGAGCAUGAAAUGAUUGCCCAACACCUGACCUGGAUGAUUUGGACUGUUUUUCUUGGUUUGUUCAAAUCUGUAGGACCAGGAUCAUGGUUGCACUACUGUUUCCUGCACAAAAAAUUAUUGCAGAGGAUUUGGUUUAUUAGAUGGAUGUAAGGCACAAAAUCCACAUGUAUCACCUCUAAGGUGGUGCAUUGAACAGAGUUGCUCAGUGGGGCUCCUUUCCCCCUCCCAAGCCAGGGAUGAGCUGCUGAUAGAGCAUGAGUCAGGACAGGGCCAGAGGAUGAGCUGGAUCUGAUGAGGAGGCUUCCAGGUCUGCCCUUCAAAACAUGCUAUUGUGGAGCUCAUCUUGCAGGAACACCCAUGGGAUGGUGGAACAGUGGGGAAGAUCAGGAGGCAGAGUCACAGUGGAGCUCACAGACAUGGGCAGACAAGUCAGGCAUGUGCUUCAUCCCUGCAAGGCGUCCUGGGCAGCAUUCUCCUGGCACGGGCACAAGCAAGAACCCCCCUGCCUGCACAGAAAUCUGUUGUCUGCCCACAGGCUGUGUAGAGGCAUCCCAAAAAGCAGUUGCGUUUGUUUUUUUUUUCUUGCUUCACAGGAAAGCAGCCUGAAAAUACUGUUGAGAAAUGACAGUUUGGGGAGCAGUUCUGGAAUGGUCCUGCAGGGUGCUGAUGCUGCAGCAGGCUGCCAGGCUGCUCUGAUUCUCGGCGGUUUUCCCACAUUGACAGGCUGCAGGGCACAAAACAACCGUGUAACAGUGACUAAUGAGAACGGCUGCCUGUCUCUAUGAAGAAACUUGGGAAGGGAGGGGUUUCAGGGAAAUGAGAGCCUUCUCUAUUGCUCCUUCUUGUCUGGGAAAAAUGCUUUCUAUGACUUUGCAAACUGGGGAGCAUGACAGCCAGAUUUAUACCCCUGUGCAAAUCCACCCCCUGAUCUCUCAUACGCACAGCUGCAGCAGGCACAAAAAUCUGCUUGAAUGAAAAGACUGAAAAGCCCAGGAUUUCCUGGCCCGAUUCUCUCUUUUACGCUUAUGAAGGCAGACACAGGCUCCCUCAGAUGCAGCAGAGCAUCAGGAGCUGCAGCUGUGGCAGUCCUGCCCACGCCUCGGACUCUGUUUAUGUCAAUAAAAGCAAGAAUGUUGCACAUCUUUGUAGGCACAACCAAAGGAAGAAAUUAGUGUCUCUAGUCUCUCUGGCUCAGUUUGUACAGUUCUGGGAUUAUGUUCAUCUUUUUUAGCAAUCUUGAAAGGAGGGAGAGAAAUCUGUAAUUAAAUCAAUACAUAUGUAAAGGAGUAUCUGCCACAGAACCAGUUUUACUUCUUUGUGUUAAACACAUUUCUGUUGACGCAUUAUUUGUGACAUAUUCUUUGUAUAUAAGGGUGUCAUUAAAUUGGAUUUUGGCUUAAUUUAA